AUGGCCAACCAGCCAUUCAUCCCCUCCAACAGCCAGCCUUUCGGCGGUCAGCUUGCCAAGAAUGUGGCUUUACACUAUGGUUCGGAAGCAAUCGAUCAAAGCAGACAACUAGUACAACAAAAAGUACUCUACGCCAUUCAUUGUCUACAGCUUAGGUGGAGAAAUUUAUUUCUAUUUCGAAGUUGAAAUACUACUUUGCUGUUGACAAUGGCUACGUAGCGAAGAAGCUUUCAAUCCUCAUUUUUCCAUUCUUCCAUCGCGUGAGUGUAGUUUUGCAUCUCCCAUAUCCAGGUCUAAGCCUAGCAGCGAGGUGUUAUAAAAAUUUUAUAACGUUAACAUCCUUAAAUUCUGCGCUUAUGUGUUAGAUCGUAGAUAAGCGCUUGCCCCAAACUUGCACCUUAUCUGCCCACUGUCAUAGUCAUUGCAAGUUUAUUGUUUAUCACACAAUUUCUCUGCGUCUUGUCCUAUCAGAUGUUUAUACUGACUUCGUUGUCUUGCGUUCUUCUAAGUCAUGGGAUAUUAAGUACGAUUCUGCUGGACCAGUUCCUCCCCGCGCUGACCUUAAUUCACCAGAUCUCUACAUCCCGGUUAUGGCGUUUUUGACGUACGUUCUCGUCGCUGGCCUAGCACUUGGCAUAGACGGAAGAUUUUCACCGGAGUCUCUAAGCAUAUUCUCUAGUCAGUCUCUCGGCUGGCUGGUUCUUGAGGUGUGCAUACUCACUCUAGCGCUUUACCUCCUGAACAUACAGUCUAAUUUGGGCUACCUUGACAUCAUCGCAUACAGCGGCUACAAGUUUGUUCAGUAAGUUACCGCCUUUAUAAAGACUUACCAUCUUUGUUUUGCAUCCCCGUUGUCUCAUGCAUAGGUUCCUUCUUUUGUUGACCUGGUUUUAGAUACCGGCCAUCAGUAAACGAAAAAAGGCACUUUAAGUCGAGAAGAAUAUGCUCGUGCCUUGCUUGUUUUGCUCUGGCCUACUUGUGCUAGAAAUACACUAGCCCAUCAUUUACUCCCCUGUAUUUUUGUUUUCAUUUCGACAGGUACUUUUAUCUUUGGCCACGAAAGUCUCCCAGGAAAUUACAUCUAUUCUAAAAUUAUCUAGGGUUAGUACGAGUCUAUAAGCACGAACAUCUUGCCUAACCGGAAACGGACUUUUCUGCUGAUAUAGUCUCAGACUUGAUCAGUAAAGUCAAUGAUAUUAAUCACUCUACUUCUGCCUGGAAAGUUUCUCGGACCUCGACUCCCUAUUUUCGACCGAUGUUCUUUAGCGACUUUCAAUCCACUUGAUGACACAAUCCGUUUUUGGGCUUUAAAAAGACUUAGGUCUGCCCAAAACACCCCCAUCUGGUUUUCAUCGCUUCGAAAAUCUUGAAUAGACGGACCGCUAGUCAUUCUAUGCUUAAAAAUCACGGUUGGUAGUUAACGACACUCAUUCGCUCCCGAAACUGUAGCUCGACGCACCACCUAUUCCGAGAAUGAGCGUUUGUAAUACUUUCUGAUGGAGGUGUGGACUUUUCAAAGCACAUAGGGUCUGGUCAUAAAAGUCUGAAAGGGUGACUCAUGACCUAUAACAUAAAGCCUCUAAGAGCUGGAGCCUAAUGGAGUCAACCACAUAAGACCGACUCGUCGCAGUGUCUCCCGUUUUCUGAUGUGCGCCGGGAUACUCACCUGUUAAAGGUCGGCUAGGACUUCCCAAACCCCACGUGAUAAGUCAGUCACAACUAUAAACAUACUGCCACCUUAAUUCCAAUAACCCAUUUUGUUUACAUUAACUUUGGCGCUGCAUGAUUGUGUUCAAAUGCAGUCAAUAUGCUGUUCGCCGUUACUAAGCAAAUUUGUCAGCUUUUUAAAACUGCUAUUUCAGUAUGCGUUUCAUGCAUUUCACAUGCUGAAAUUACUUGUAAAUCUUUGCAACUUAACUGCUCUUCAUGCAGAAUUGUAUUCUUUUCAAAUGGAGUUUUCAAGGGCCUUUGUCAUUUAGUCCAAAUACACUGAUUUGUUUUGAAUUAUCAUAAAUGAGUCUCCCUUCUUUUUGUCGCUAAUAUCAUUCUGCCUAUAAAUGAGUUUGUCCGUUAGCUUGCUGUCAUGUUUGCCAUCCAUGCAAGACAACAUGUUUACUCAUCGACUGUGCUGUAGUCAUUGUGAGAAAUUGCGCCACAAAAUCUCCCAAUGCCUCUGUCACUGAACUUAAUUUCCAUUCUAUUUAGCAUGAUAACCGUAAUCUUUGCCUUCCUGGCUCUUGCAAAACCGGGCUACUACUUUUCGCUCAUUUGGACCGGACUGGCUUUUGCCUUCUUCCAGGUGAGCAUUUGACCUGUGUAACAGCUUGUCGACAUCCGUGCAUCCUAUCAAAUGUUUUCUUCAUUAAACACAAAUUUGGACUUUUGAAAUGGAACUCCGGGUAAAGGCAACAUUGAGCUACUAUUUUAUGCAAAGUCAUGAUCUUCACAAAUUGUGAAUAUUUAAUGCCCUGAUGUGUUUGAUCCCUUCUGUCGCCAUUUUUGAAUGUGUUGGAGCAUUUGCAAACUUGAAUAUGUUUGUUUUGACCACACGAAAUCCAUAUCCAGUUUUCAGUAUAUUUUAAUCUCACUACAGUUUAGGAAGCGUCUGCUGGAUAAAAAUAAUUUGGAAUUCGUCACCCCACUGCAAACUUCGAAGGGUUACUUUGCGCAUUAGGCUAACUUCUGAUUGCCCGGGGCGUUUGUGCAAGACGGGUGAUGAGACGACCUUCGAUGAAAGCUAACUGCAAAAUAAACAGACAAUCGAGUCAGAUAGAUGAAAAGUCGCAGACCAGCAGUGACAGUGCUACCAGAGUGCAGAGAACCGUGGCCUUCCAUGCAGACCGCAUCAUACGGCGCCACAAAACCCGCUGACGGCAUUACCGCGUGGCGUCCGUGAACUUGCAUUAAAUAACCUCUCAUGCCACCGAUACGUCACGGCUAGACUCUUGAGCCAAAACGCUCAAGGAGCCAACCUCGGAAGAACAUUUUGGACGGCUGUUGGGGCCCACGUACACCCAGAAUCUCAAAAAAAACUCUAGUAAAGUGCCCAAACGCUGUAGUACAAUCCAUAGUACGGCGUCUGCAGUGUCCAAAACGCCUUAAAAUCCUAGUUCAGUGGUGUGAGUGGAGUUUGCGAUCUGGACCAAUCGGAGAAGGGCGAACUCUUGAUACUGUGCACUGUGAUGUGUGAAAGUUCCUCCACCCUGGUACCCGAAACCUGACAGAGCUCAUUUUUCACAAUUAGACGCAACCGAGGCUCUGAGAUUCGAAACUGCUCUCGCAUCACAAAUAAAGUCGAAAGAGAGGGCAGUAUGGAAAUUGGUCGUCGUUGAGGUCCUUAGUCAGCAAGGAUGCCGAGAGAAUUGUCGGAUUUGCCCGGUAAUACCGUAAGGACUAGAUCAGCUCAGAAUCCUUAUAUUUGUUUUCCCAGAUAGCUCGAGGUUGAUCCCACAAAAUUUUUUUCAUUGACUCUGAGAAGGGACAACAGAGUCAACUAGAAAAGACCUCAAUAACUGGUAGGCAGAAGUGGCAACUUCCAUGCAGCACGCCUCAAACUUUGGCAGCACCCAAAACUCUUCAACUUUGUCCAUUAUGUUAGCGGUUGGAGUCUGGCACUGAGCAACUGUUCGCUGUGUGAGUGACAUCAUUAUUGUUGAAAAUUUGAUUAAAGUUAAACGCUGGCAAGGGUACUUUGAGCACCUUCCGAAUAAUGUGUCGCCUCCGUUUUGGGGCACAGUUUCUUCUUUCUCCGGCCUAUGCAGUGUCGUGUGACUUUCCCAUGAGGAAAAUGCCGUUGCAAUGUUACAGCUGUGGAACUAAUAGACGCCCAGAGAGGACAGCAUCUAUCAUUAUUGUGUCGAGAUUGACAGCUUGACUCCACGAAGCGAUUUUACAGACAUUGUCUUCAAAAAGGGAGGUAACGCAAAGCACAAGAGCUGCCGUGGUAUAAGUGUCGUCGAAACUAUUUAAAGGGUCUCUCGUAUUGUUACUCUCAAGUGGUUUCAGGCCUUGCAUGACUUUGAUGUUUGCCGUUGUCGGAUUUGUGCCCCGGCGUUGACUGGCUGAUCUAUAAUACGUUGACGAAAUCGCUCUGCCUACAUAGUCUUGAUGACUUACUGACUACGGUGUCGUUGGGCACUAGAUCUUAAAGAACAAUGGGCUUAUUCAUAAACGUGGCGAUGACCAACGUUUUUAAGCUGCAUCUCUAACCAGGAAAAGGAGCCACUGGAGAUUACUGACCGUCAAUCUGGAGUAGAUAGUUUCAGAUAUCUCGAUGCAAAUAUACCGCAAGGCGGGGACAUUAGGGACAUAAUCAUCUUGCGAGUCGGUGAUGUUUGAGUUUUGGCAAUUCUUAAAAAUUACCUGUGGACUCGACGUACUUGUGCUUGAUACGGCUGCGAUCAUACCUGAUCUACUCGGCCUUCAUGAUAUCACGAACCGUAUUUCUCCACGCGUGACGAUCCACGGCAGCAGAUCUGGACAGUUCAAUCCAUUCUUCUCGCCAACAACGGAGACCGAAUACCGGAGGUCCAAGAACCACCUCUAUGUUUUGACGGACUGUGUCGAGGUAGGCUUUGAAUUGACCUCCUUUUUGUCGCCACCAAUGAAGUAAUGGUGCCGGAUCGAGGGCAUUAACACCGAACUCCUGAGGUGGACGACGAAGAACAUGCCCAAAUCACCUCAUUCGUCUUUCUUGGAUGGUUUGGGUUACCCUUGCGAUGUUGUCGCAGCGAGUACGGGCUGUCUAAUUUGAGACGAAGUCGUUUUACUUCCCGCAGAGUAUAGUCCUCAAGUAGUGGUGGUCUAAUAACUCCAGUUUUCGCCCAUCUCCCAAGUGCACAGCCCAGCAUUCACAACCGUACGGAAGGACUGACCGGACACGCGAAUCUUGGUGGAGAUGAAGGUACUGCGUCGGAAGCAUUGAAAUUUUCUAAGGCUUGGGAAGACCCGACGGGCGGCAUCAUUUCGGGAGACAAUGUCGUUUUUACUCUAUCCACUGGACAGCAGCCUCGCCCCGAGGUAUUUAAAACCAUCUACUUCAAGUUGACAGCCAUCAAUUUCGAGAGGUGCCAUCUCCUGGUCAGGGACACAGCUUAAAAACGCUUUACUUUUCCCAGCUUUUUUGGAUAAACCGACCGAUUUAGCGACCUCAUUCACCUGUGACACCAUAGACUGCAGAUCACCAAAAAUUGGAGCAAUUAAGGCAAUAUCGUCAGCAUAGUCGAGAUCAGUCAGCCGGUGUCGAGAUGCAAACUCAACACCGUCACUUUCGCGUAGGGUCCUCCCAAGAAUCCAGCCAAUAGAGUAUUUGAACAGAAUGGGCGACGGGGUACAAUACUGUCAGGCGCCAGACCGAAUGCCAAACGGUUGGGAAAAAUGGUUGUGCACCAGGACUCGGUCAGUGGUGGAGCGAUAAUAGGCCUUGGUCAUGACGAUUCUUUUUGGCAGUACACCAUUUAGUGCCAUUAUUCGUCAUACAGACUCACGAUGGGCGGAAUAAAACGCGGCGGCAAUGUCAACACAACAGAUGGUCGUCGGUUGCUGGUAUCUGCGGCGGAAUUCGAGAAUGCGUCUCAGUGUGAAUACCUGGUCCGCACAUCCACGUCCAGCACGGAAUCGGGCUUGGUUGGGCCUCGCCCUCGAGGCACGCACAGUCUGGAAUCGCAUGGAAAGGGCAAUAACGAAGAUCUUCACAGCAAUGUCGAUGAGGCCUAUGCCGCGGUAGUUCUCGCAUCUCGUCUUAUCUCCCUUCCUGAGGAUAGGUACAAGGAUGCUUGAGCCUAUUUCAGUUCAAUAUUGCUUCCGGUCAUCCCUGGCCGCGUUUGCCGUCAUCUUCCGAAGUUGGCGGAGGGAAUCAUCAUUGCAGGACCUGGCUCGAACCGUCUGAGCAGACAACUGCAGGGUUCUUCCGCAGAUCCAGUCACUGCAGUGUCGCUGUUCAUAUUCAAGGAUUUUCUCAGCUGCCCCAUAGACUGACGUUUUCAGUAACCACCACUGGUUACCGCCUUCUCUGUCGGCUAGUGUCGUAAAACAUGACCGAAUUUCUUUGCUCAGAGCAUCAGCAGUGCUGGUUUGCCGGAUUUUUGCGACAUCAAGGCGUCUAGGACGUGGCAUUUUAGCACGGAUGAGAGGUGAACUUCCAAACGUGUACAAACGAAGACGUGGUCCGACCCAUGAGCGUCACCAGUCUCGUCACCACGCAUCGGUCUGCUAUCGUGAUCCCAACUGCGGAAUCUUGAGCUGACUAGAAUGUAUUCAGUCUGACUGGCCGUAUGACCGUUGUUUGAAUACCAGGUCAGCAGACGUUUGUUGCGAUACCGGAAGCACGUGUUGGUGACAAGCAAUCAGUUCUGAUCAGCGGAGUUCAUCAGUUUCGCCAUUUCCACACCGCGAACCAAGCCCAAAACGGCCAAUAAGGUCACUGUGUAGUUGCCAGGUCAAGUCCGACCAUUUCGAUCACCGGCAACAGUCAACAGAUCGCGGCGAGGGGGUCUGUCGAAUAACGUUUGCGGCUGCAAAUAAAAGACCUCUUUAUCGCGCUGUUCGGCAGCUGAAGUUGGUGCGUACACACAGAGACGAUAGAGAUGUUCGUGAACUGACCCUUCAAUCGCGCGCAAGCUAUCCGGUCACUGACUGGUUCCCAGGCAAGUAAGGCAAGUUUCGCUUUUUGCCGUAGGGCGGUCGCCGCACCGUUCUACCAGAAUAGCCGCGUGGGCGGCCGUGGUACAGGGUGAAGUGUGAGUCGACUCCAGGGAUCUUUGCUGCCCGAAAGCCUGAGUCAGGAAGUCGAAUUUCAGACAGAGCAGACAUCCACGUUGUGCUGAUUAAGGCUGCAUGUGGUCAGACUUUAGGUACCAGGGUCCAGGAACGUUCGCAUAUCUCAGCAGCCAAUACAAAGAGUCCGUUACCGAUUGACUCGACGUGAUAUCUUGCCGCAGUAGUCCGCGCUAAUCGGUCAGUCCGCGUGUGCGGUUAUGAAUGCUGGGCUGCGCGGAUGGGAGACAAGUCCAAGUAUUCUUUUGGUGAAGUACACCGAAUUCUUUUUGAAUGAGACAGUCAACACGCAGGUUAUCCGAGAUGGAGAGCUAAGGUCGUCUUGAGACGUUCUUCUUCCUCCUGCCUAUGGGUUCUGUUUUAUUGCUCUUAGUACGACACCGCUGAGUAAUUGAAGGUGGUGAAGAGGUCUUUUUCGAACCUGACUCGACAGAGUCCGUCAAGAUGUGGACGUGAUUAUUAGAGCCCCUUUACUCGGUUUUUAUUGUUAGAGAAAAGGUUGGACGCAGGUCAUCACGCAUGGAGUUACAAUUUUUGGUUUUAUUGAGGUGAGCUGGAUCAAGCAAGACAAAAGCCGUACAAGGCACAUUUAAGGAAGCUAAGAACCCGGUAUAUUGUGUGAUACUAGUAGCGUUCUUUUCCUGGAUAUAAUCGGAAUUAAAAUGAGUAACAUUUUUAUAUUCCACUUUUGCACUUUUAGAUAAGGUCGUUGAGGCUGCAAGUACUUUCACAGGCUGAUCAGCAGCCUUACUUGAACCCCAGACGGGGCACCUACGUCUUGGUAUGCGCCGCUCUCUUUCAGCCUCUGGUCAUCUGGUGGUUAACCAGUUCCGUUGUCUCCUCCUGA